ACUCGCAGGCUCGCAGGAGCGCGAGGAGCGCGGCGUGAAAAGGAAAGGGGCCGACGGCAAGCAAAAGAGCGACAAAGAGGACGGCCCGCAAGUUUCUUCGGCGGGACGUUUUUCUCUCUUGUCGGAAAAGAGGGGGGUCCGGCGGUGGUGCCUGGUGUCGAGAUUGCAGUGGCUUCGCCGCCUUCUACGAGAGGAGCGAGCAGACGAGUUCCGAGUUGCGCUCGCGCGUCGUCUGCUCCCGCUCGCUCGUCCGUUUGCCGGUAGCAGACGAACAUGCGCGUUUCGCGCCCGCCGCGGCUCUUCUUCCGGUUCCGCUUUCAUUAGAUAUCGUCUGCUUUGAACGCGACUCGAAGAAACCGUCUUCUUUUGUACAGAAUGUGUAGAUGAGUGGACAUUUUACGAGGUUCUUGGUGCUUGGAGGUGUUUGCAACGCCGACGCGUAGAGCGUUCGUUGUUUGUGCUCGUGCGCGUACGUCGGACCGUUCUUAAAAGAUGUGUAGAUGAGGUAACGGCGCUUUUUUCGAGUGUCUCCGGUGCGGUGCUUAGGUGGUGGACAUUUUCUUGGGAGUCGGACGACAACUUCAGGACGGCCGACUUCGGGCAGCCAUCAUGGCGUUGGUCGUCCACCGGUCGUCAUCGACGUGUGGGUGGUUGUGGCGCUCGUCGUCUUCCGGAUAACUUGGCGGCCUCUGUGUUCUGUGUGUGUUCGUGGCCAGUGUCCGCCGGCGUUGUGGUGAUGCGUUCCGCGGUGGUCAUUCUGUGGGCCACCGGUUGCCUCCAGCUUCUCGGACCUCGGCCGGUGUUCGCCAAGAAGCUCGUCGACAUAUUCUGGAACGUGACCAACCCAAUCUUCCGAAUAGACAACACGGACCACAUCAUCGACGUGAACAAGGGGAACAUCCCGUUCGAGUACGACCAGGUGAACAUCAUCUGCCCCGUGUAUCGGACGGGAACCCGGGAAGAAGACGUCGAGCAGUACAUCAUCUACAACGUGUCCAAGGAAGAGUACGACUCGUGCCGCAUCACCAACCCGAUGCCCCGCAUCAUCGCCGUCUGCGACAGGCCCCACCAGUUAAUGUACUUCACGAUCACCUUCCGAUCCUUCACGCCGCAGCCUGGGGGCCUGGAGUUCAGGCCAGGGCAGGACUAUUACUUCAUCUCGACCUCUACGGGGGAUGUGGGCGGACUGCACCGGCGAAUUGGUGGCCGUUGUGCGACCCACAACAUGAAGGUCAUCUUCAAGGUGUGCUGCGACCCCAGCAAGACGCCCCCGACGCCCCGUCCACGGUCGACGACGACGUCUUCGACCGCGUCCCCUCCUGCGGGGUCCCCGAGGGACGAGCUGCCCGCUGGCCCAGAGCCCGACCGGCGGCUCCAGUGGGGGGCCGACGCGAACGCAACGCGAGCGGUGGCGGCGGGUGCGGCCCCGCCGACCCCGGCGCGACCGCGACCCCCGUGGGCUGGUCCCCCGUCUCCGACCACGACAACGCCGACGGCGCCUCCGCAGCUGCCGCCGAGGCGCUGGUUCCCGACCGUCUUCCCGCCGAGGCCGCCCAGACCGCCGGUACUCAAGACGUUCGACGUGCCGGUCGCGGACGGCAAGAAGUCUUCCAAGAAGACGCCCGAUAAUCGAGACAAGCUGCCAAACGAGACCAGAGCCAAGAAUGAGGAGCUGGUGAACGGCGCGUCGUCAACGACGCAAGGCACCAGUCAAGUGCGGUGGAUGGUAAUGCUGCUGGCCACCCUGGUGGUUGCCCACUUCAGCGCUCCCUGGCCACGAACGAGAUAAAACACUAGCGUUUCCAAGUGGCUCGGCAAGUUGUAGCGGAAAUCUCGUGCCACUGACGUGCCAGCAGCCGGCAAAAAACGUUUAGAGGGCGAGUGAGAAACGCCACCAACGGCAUUUGUUUGUGCGUGCAUCCUGCGCUUUGGAAGGACUUCUUGACGGCUGAAGAACCAUCUAUGGUCAUCGAUAUCAUCUGGUCAAUCAUUGUGUUUGUGUUUCGGGAACAAGAUGGCGCCGGCAGGAACAGCACCCCUUGUGUGACGUUAUAGUGUGACAUUUUCUAACCGCAAAGUGUGUGCACAACUAGGGUUUCUUGAGAGAUGUUGGAGAAGACCCCAUGUUGUGAAUGUGGCAAGGACUUGCAGCGCAAACUACUUAGCGACCAUCUUGUGUCUUGCCUGGAAUUGACACACAACCUUUUGCGUUGUAUUUUGUUUUAGUUUUCCUUUGGUCUCUGGCAGAUGUAAGUUGUAUGACAAACGGUCAGGACAAAAGGACCAACAAGAGUUGGUCAUCUAGGUGGACCUUCUGUGAUGUCACAAAGAUGACGCUCCCCUGUCUUUGACACAGGAAAGGUCCACUCUUCGCUCACCCAAGCUGGCAAUGGAUAAGCAGCAUUUCAUUUCUUUUCUUUUUUUUUUUAUUCAAUCUCGAGUUGUGAGUGAGGAAGGAGCAUCAUCUCAAUAUUUAAAGUGACAGAUAGCACUUGGUGUCAUUUUUAAUAUGCAUUUGCACAUAGUGAACUGGUGUUAGUGGUUUCUGUGUGAAUGAUGCUUCUGUACAUUGUACCCUCCUUGCGGUGUUGCAUUUUUCCUGUACAGUGAGAAAAUCUUUGUGGGCACCGCAGCAACAUUAUUCUCGCGGCCAGUAAGCUCUCGAGGACACCUAGAAUAUUUAUUCGAGCUUUAAGAACCUCCGAACAUGAUGCAUUUAUGGAGCCAAAAUGGCUCUCGGCAGCAAGAGAUAAAGACAGAUUUCGAUCCGGCGGGAGUGGAGCUUGUGGCGUGUUUACUUUCUGGGCACACACGUUCCAGUGUGUGACGUCUGGAGGUGGGAUGGGCCGUCCCGUUGCCUUGAUGGUUUCCGAGACCGAGCUAGAUGCUUUGUUUUUUGAAGCUCGCAGAGCUUCUGCUCUCGAGGUGGACCAUUGCCAUUAUUUCAAUAUAUUGUGCCAAAAGUAGCUGUAGGUGGUUACAUCCUGAAGAUUUCUCUUUAAGGGCAUGCGUCUUUCCAUGUUUGUAAGUGCCUUAUAGCUUGUCUCGGCAGCAACAGAGCUUCUUUCUUCGAGAGGGCAUUUUUAAUGGCGCAACCACGGCCAGGACUUCUAGGAAAAGACGACCAUAUAACUGCCACUAUUAGUGCAUCAUUGUUUUUCUUGUUUUACCAGUGUAGCCAGCCAAGUAAAAAAAAAAAUUAAUUUGAGUUUUGUUUUCACGAGCCACUUUAGCUAUGACACAUUGCCAUGUGGAACAAUUCUGGCAACUCUGUCCUGAGUGUGUGGAAAGUUGUGUAUGCGUCAGUCUAGUAUGCUUACAUAUAGAUAUAAUGUACAUAAAAAGGCUUUCUGUCUGUGUCUUCGUGGUACCCCGCCUGGACUUUAUGAGGUGCUGCUCCCGCUGGAUUGGAACUGUCUUGACUCGACUUUGUUUGGCUAGGUGCCACACUCAGUCUGAAAAUUAGUAUAAAAUAAUUUCUUCCAAAAAUGUUGUUUUCUUGCAUUGGAAAGAGAUCUAUUUCCUGGAUACUGGUCUGCUGCCAGCAUUAGCUGUUCUUUUCCCAGAAUUUCUGGCAUAUGCUUUCAAAAGGCUUGCACAUGGGAUAUAGAUGUAAUUUUUGACAUUGAAAUUCAAGAUCUUUUUUCGUUUCAGAAAUUCCAAUAUUAUUUGGUAUGUUUUGCAUUUCAGAACGACAUUCAGGUUGGCACUAUCUAAAUUUGCAAUUCCAUUGGCAGGGAAGAACAUUACUUCCGAAGGUGAUAAUUUACCACAACUUGUUUUUGAGGCUUUUUGAAAACUAGAAGAAGAAAGCAACCCAGAAGCCAUGUUUUCUUGACCUCCCACUGUCCUGUACACAAGAAGGAAUCUGUUUGUGACACACGAGAACUUCAAUGGGCUGCACUUGUGUCUUGUGCAUGUGUGUGGUUUUAAUAUAUUUAUUUUGGAAACGGCGUGCACAUGGAACACCUGAACAUAUAUCUGUGCAUGUGUGAUAUGUGUGUGUGCGUGUAUGUGUGACAGUUUUUAGGAAUACUGUUUCUGCUUUCGUUGAUGGUGCAUCUGUGUCAGCACGAGUGUUGGUAAGAUGUAAAAAAGUAUGGCACAAGCAGGAAACACGUUGCGCUUGUCUUUUCUGUUUAUUUGCUAGGAACGUUUUUAAUUUAAUAUAAUGCAGCUUUUUUUUUUUCGUCUUCUUUCAGUGUAAAUUUAUUUUAGCUACUCGGUCAGUUUCAGAGGAGAGAUUUGCUCUGGGACGUCUUCAAUUUUUAUUCAUACGGUUACAUUGCAUUAGUUGAGUGAGAGUGCGAGAGAGCGGGGACUCUGUACAGACAACUCCUGAGUUUGUCCCAGUGCACCGAGGAAGAGCCCUCGGCUCAAGCAUUGGGGCAGAAGCCCUUGUUUUAGUAGUGAUAGGACAGGCAAACAAAAGAUGGCCGAUGCCAUACUGUUUUAUUCCUUGGCAGAGUUUUGUGCGUUGUUUGUUUUUCUUUGUAUAAGCACAAACUAAUGAGAUUUAAUAAAGACCUUUUUUUUUCUCCUGGUGAAAUA